UGUACAAGUAGCUUGCGACGUAGUACAGGCGUCUCACUGUCAAUGAAAGAGGCUCACUCACGGCAUACCAGACUUGAGUACAGUGGCUAACCCAGCAUACACAGACACACAAUUUAACUACGAGGAGACCGAACGGAGAUACAUUUACAAUUUAAAGGGUUAGAUUUGAGAGGCUGCAACUCAGGAUGGCUACAGAGACAGACUCUGUUUUUCUGUCCCCCAUCAAAACGUGCUUUCUUCUACUUUUGGGUGGUUUGAUGUCCAAAGCUGCGCAGGAGCAGCAGGGAAGUUUCUACAUGUGGAUUGAUGCCAACCAAGCCAGAAUCCUAAUUGGUUUUGAGGAGGAUAUCUUGAUCGUGUCAGAGGGAAAGAUGGCUCCAUUCACAACUGACUUCAGAAAGGCCCAGCAGAGGAUGCCUGCGAUACCUGUCAAUAUCCAGAACGUCAACUUCACCUGGCAAGCGACUGAACAGGCAGAGUACUUCUAUGAGUUCCAGACUCUGCGCUCCAUGGAUCUGGACAUCAUGGACAACCCCACGGUGAACGUUCCUCUCCUGGGCUCUGUACCACGUCGGCCUUCAGUGGUGCAGGUGGGCUUCCCGUGUUUAGGAGGCCAGGAUGGCGUAGCAGCGUUUGAGGUCACCAUACUGGUCAUGGACGCCGGCGGGAACAUCAUCCUGAGGACACCUCACAACGCCAUCUUCUUCAAGACCUGCCAGAGAGCUAAAUGUCCAGGUGGUUGUCGUAACGGUGGGUUCUGCAACGAGAGACAGGUGUGUGAAUGUCAGGAUGGUUUCUACGGGCCUCACUGUGAGAAAGCCCUCUGCUCUCCCAGGUGUCUGAAUGGUGGACUAUGUAUGAGUCCAGGGGUGUGCAUCUGCCCACCUGGUUACUAUGGAGACGGCUGUGACAAAGCUAACUGCAGCAUCACGUGUUUAAACGGAGGGACGUGCUUCCACCCAGGGAAGUGUAUCUGUCCUGCAGGCUACGAGGGACCACGCUGUGGGAUCAGUAAAUGUCUCCAGCCCUGCAGAAAUGGAGGGAAAUGCACUGGGAAAAACAAAUGCAAAUGUGACAAGGGUUUCCACGGUGACCUGUGUUCCAAGGCUGUCUGUGAGCCCAGCUGUGGAGCCCACGGGACCUGUGUGGAACCUAACAAGUGCCUGUGUAAGGAGGGCUGGCACGGACGCCACUGUAACAAGAGAUACAGAGGAGGUGCCCCUAACACCCAUCGUCUCUCAUCAGGCCCUAAACACAAGCCUCAGCAGCCCUCCUCCUCUGCCAAGGAGGUGAAAGACGUCCCCGAUGCCGACAUCCCAGCAGAGACCAAUUACGUGGUAUAAGAGCUGGGUCCAGACAACGACACCUGGGUUCAAGCACUAUUCAACAUCUUUCAGAUACUUUCAGCGUCUGCUCGAGUCCGAUUGGCAGUGCCUGGUGGGCGGGGCCUGGUGUGCGGGGUCUGAUGGGUUGGGUUUGAUGAGAGGGGUUUUUGAUGGGGGGAUUUUGCGGUUUUAGGACUGUGCUACUGGUCUGUUAAACCAGGCAAACUCAAUCAACAAUAUAUUAAGCAUGUUGAACUAUUUGAAGUACUAUUUGAACCCAAGUCUGCAGAUAACCCCACCAGUCCCCCAGCACCUCCUCCUCUCCUCUGUGGUAGACUACUUAUACCCAUACGUGAUGUUAUACACCAGUCCCCCAGCACCUCCUCCUCUCCUCUGUGGUAGACUACUUAUACCCAUACGUGAUGUUAUACACCAGUCCCCCAGCACCUCCUCCUCUCCUCUGUGGUAGACUACUUAUACCCAUACGUGAUGUUAUACACCAGUCCCCCAGCACCUCCUCCUCUCCUCUGUGGUAGACUACUUAUACCCAUACGUGAUGUUAUACACCAGUCCCCCAGCACCUCCUCCUCUCCUCUGUGGUAGACUACUUAUACCCAUACGUGAUGUUAUACACCAGUCCCCCAGCACCUCCUCCUCUCCUCUGUGGUAGACUACUUAUACCCAUACGUGAUGUUAUACACCAGUCCCCCAGCACCUCCUCCUCUCCUCUGUGGUAGACUACUUAUACCCAUACGUGAUGUUAUACACCAGUCCCCCAGCACCUCCUCCUCUCCUCUGUGGUAGACUACUUAUACCCAUACGUGAUGUUAUACACCAGUCCCCCAGCACCUCCUCCUCUCCUCUGUGGUAGACUACUUAUACCCAUACGUGAUGUUAUACACCAUUAUUACCACACCUACCUAUCCUCAGCCCCUCCCACUACCUAGCUACCUUAGAUAGCUAUCCUCAGCCCCUCCCACUACCUAGAUACCUAUCCUCAUCCCCUCCCACUACCUAGAUACCUAUCCUCAUCCCCUCCCACUACUUAGAUACCUAUCCUCAUCCCCUACCACUACCUAGAUACCUACCCUCAUCCCCUCCCACUACCUAGAUACCUUAGAUACCUACCCUCAUCCCCUCCCACUACCUAGCUACCUUAGAUACCUACCCUCAUCCCCUCCCACUACCUAGAUACCUUAGAUACCUAUCCUCAUCCCCUCCCACUACCUAUAUACCUUAGAUACCUACCCUCAUCCCCUCCCACUACCUAGAUACCUACCCUCACCCCCUCCCACUACCUAGAUACCUAUCCUCAUCCCCUCCCACUACCUAGAUACCUUAGAUACCUACCCUCAUCCCCUCCCACUACCUAGAUACCUACCCUCAUCCCCUCCCAC